AUGCCGUUUCGCAAAUUGUUUACGCCGAAAGUUAGAAAUCCUGUGGUGGUAAAUCCAGCAGCUACGGCUGCAAGAACAGCUCGUAGAGCACAAGCUCGUGAACAAAGAAAUAAAGAAUUUAGUAUCGAUAGUGACGAUGAUGUUAAAAUUGUUUACCUUGCAAGUGAUCCUCCACACGACGUCGUUCUAUCAGUUGUAAAUACAAUAGCUCAAAAUAAUGCCGAGAUCUUUCAUACGGAAGAAAGUUGCUUUGAUUUUAUCAAAUCUGUAACAGACAAGAAAAUAUUCAUUAUCGUGGAUGUAGCACCCACCGAUGACUUCAUCAAUUCACUGGAAGGGCAAAGUCAAGUUGAUUCGCUAAUUGUAUAUUCAUCAUUAGCAGAAUCGGCUGCUGCAGAUCAACAAGCGCAACGUAGUCGUGUAGUUAAUUGGUGUGAAAAUCAAGAAUCUCUUCGAAAUACGAUCAUUAAAUCACGUGAAGAAAUCGACAAACAAGCCGCUGCUUUUAGCAUUUAUAAUCAGAAAGACAAGGCAACACGAGAUCUAGCCAAAGAGUCUGGUUCAUUUUUAUUCUUUCAAUUAUUCAAAAAUGUUCUUAAAAAUAUGCCUAAAACGGCUGAAGCUAAAAGUACCAUGGUUUCGAUUUGUCGGACAUUUUAUCGAGGAAAUAUCAAAGAAUUGGCUAACAUUGAAGAGUUUGAUCUUACUUAUCAAUCAGAAGAUGCUAUCGAAUGGUAUACAAGGGAAUCUUUUGUUUACAAAUUCAUUAACAAAGCACUUCGGACAGAAGAUGUUGAUGUCUUAUAUCAAUUUCGUUUCUAUAUUAUGGAUUUAAGUGACCAACUGGAACUUAAAUUUGAGCAACUCAAAAAAACGCAACCUAACUUAAUCAAACUCUAUCGUGGUCUCAAUAUCAGUCGUGAGGAAGUGGACAAUUUUCAACAGAGUACUGGAAACUUAAUUUCAACGAAUGGAUAUUUAUCCACAAGUAGUGAUUAUUCUGUUGCUCAUGGGUUUGCUACAAAAGGUGCUAAACGAGAAGGGUUAGUCAAAGCUAUAUUCGAAUAUCAAGUCGAUUUGAAUGUUGUCAAAAAAAUAGUUAUUGCUGAUAUUUCUGAGUUUUCGGCUUUUCCAGAGGAAGCUGAAGUUCUUGUCGACAUCGGUGCAUCAUUUCAGAUUGACUCUUGUACGUAUGAUGAGGCAGAAAAUUUGUAUCGUGUUACUGUACAAGCAACUGAUAAAGGUGCCGAUUUAGCAUUUGAAUACAUAGAAUAUCAAAAGAAAAAAAUGGUUGAUGCAAAUAUUGUUCUUUUGUUUGGUCAUUUACUUCUCGAAAUGGGUAAUUAUACAAAAGCUGAAAAAUAUUUUGACACUAUUCUUAGCUCAUCGAAUCCUAACGAUGAAGAAGUUGCAUGCAUCUAUUUCAAUUUUGGACGUACUCACCGACUCAACGGUGAGUUUACACGAGCAGUUGAUUUUUAUACACGUGCGUACAAUUUACAUAUGGAUACUAAACCUCGACGACUUGCCAGUGCAGCCAAAACACUCAACAGUCUGGGUAUUGCACAUUCUGAACAGGGUGAUCAGCUACAAGCCAAGCAAUGCUUCGAGCGUGCUUUAACAUUGUACAAAAAGAGUAUUCCAAAGAAGAAUGUGGACUAUGCUGGAAUACUCGUUAACUUGGGCACGAUUGAUUUUGAUCAAAAUGAAUAUGAUCGAGCACUGGAUAAGUAUCGAAAGGCGAAGAAGAUUUACGAAGUUGUCUUACCUUCUGGACAUCCAAAUCUGGCUCUACUGUUAGUCAAUAUUGGUAAUGUACACUUAAAACGUAAGGAACAUGAAAUUGCGCUUAUCCAUUAUCAAGAAGCUCUUGUUCUGCAACAAGCGUCUUUACCAAGUGAUCACCCAGAUAUAGCCAGAACACUUCACAACAUUGCCACGUGUCAUGAUCUUCAAGGCAACACUGAAACUGCAAACGGAUGUAAAGAACAGGCAAUCAAUACACUAGGUCGAACAUUGAAUGCUCAACAUCCACUCCGAUCUCUUCUUGCUCAAUUGGUAAUUGGAAAAGUUAAUGCUGAUGCAGAAGAAGAAGUUAUCACAGUGCGACUUUAA